AUGCGCCCUGAGCUCGAGGUGGAGAUCGUCAGCGACGAGGAGAUGGCCAUCAUUGAGGCCGCGCUCGCCGCCGCCGCCGCAGCGCGGCCCCUCCUCUCCGCCGCCACCGUCCGCGGCGCCGCCACGCUCUCCUGCGCGGCCUUCCCGCCCGCCGGCGACAUCGAGGACUCCGCGCCGCCGCCGCCGCGGAGGUCGCUGCUGUCCCGGUUCCGGGAGGGCCGUGCCCUCGCCGUCACCGACAUCACCGCCACGGAGUGGUGCGAUAAGCAGAUGGAGUUCGUGCUGGAGCACGGCAAGCCGGAGAGGACCGAGGCCAUGAAGGCCGGCUCUGACCGCCACGCCCAGCUCGAGCAAGAGGUUAUUGAGAGAGUCGAUAUUGCCGUUAGAUCUGCAGAAGAAUCGUGGGCAGUCAAAUUCAUGAACUUUAUCGUUGGAUCAAACCAAUUAUUGUUCAACGGCAUGACACGGGAACUUCCAGUGAUUGGGGUUGUUGAAGGUUCAUGGAUGGUAGGAAUUAUUGAUGAACUCCGAAUGCCUGUGGAUGGAAUUUCCUUUCAUCCAAUUCUGGUGGAUACAAAGACACGUUUCAAAGCAACAAUUCCCUCGGAAGCACAAAAAAGAAAUGGAAGGCUUCAGCUGAUGUGUUAUAAGUACCUGUGGGACAGUUUGAUUUCUGAGAAAUUCACAGCAGAGAAUUUCUUCAGCUAUUUUGACUUGAACCCCGACUUCUUGUUAUCAGAUGAUGUCAAGCGGUACAUUAGCUCAAUUGGUUUCAAUGCACAGACUUUCGGGGAUGUGAUGAAAUACUAUAAGAUUACCUGUCACACGCUGUCACGAUCUCAAGAACAGCUAAGCUUGAGAUAUGAACUGCAGGAAGAUCAUUCCCUGCUAGAAGAAUACCAGUUUUCUUAUGACGCUCAGUGGUUCAAGGGUCAAAUCCAAGAAGCCCUUAACUUCUGGCGGGGGGCACGAGAAGCUAAAUAUGUGACUGAAGAGGAGGGGUGGAAAUGUAAAUUCUGCAAAUUCGUGCCGAGUUGCCCGAAGAUGCCUUCCACCUCAAGGUGUUGA